AUGUUCUUGUCAGUUGGUGGUCUUAGAUUGUUUCCAUUUAAGAAUAGAAAAAAGUUUGCAGUGAUAACUUGGCCUUCUUUGGAGGAGUUAUCACCAACACCUUCUAGUGGGAACAUUGAGGUUGAAGAAGAGUCGCUUAAUCAAGAUCAAGGGUUGGAGAAUCUAAUGAAGACUUUGCUAACUAUUGAAGUAAUUCAAGUGAUGAAGAUUCAAGUGAUGUCAAAGAGAUUGAUGCAAGUGAGUUUGUUCCAAAGAGCAAGCGUCUUGAAGAGAUUGAAAAAUGCACAUUCAAGUGUGUAG